GGAAGCCGCGCACAACACAUGGAGAACGAACUCCCGCGACAGCUGCGUCCCUCUUCCUCUUCUUCUUCUCCUCCUCCUCCUCCUCCUCCUCCCUCUUAAUCCCACACGUCUCUCUCUCUCUCUCUCUAUCUCUCUCUCUCCUCUUGUCUUCAAAUAAGGAUUGGGGUUCUUCCCAAGUGCGAGGAACUGCGCAUCCGAUCGCAGAUCGAGGUGCCUUCCAAAUCGCCGUCCUUUGAUCGCCUCAGGGCGUCCCUUCUUGAUCUCGCCUUUGGCUGCGGCGGUGGUGGAUCCAGAGUGUUGUUGGUGAGGGGAUCAAAAGCGGAUCUUGAUGGAGGAGAGCAAGGUGUUGGACGGGAAGACGCUGCGGACUGUGCUGUCCAUCCUCCAGUGGUGGGGCUUCAACGUCACCGUCAUCAUCAUGAAUAAGUGGAUCUUUCAGAAUUUGGAUUUCAAGUUUCCUCUAACAGUGUCAUGCAUCCACUUCAUAUGUUCUUCUGUUGGAGCAUAUAUUGCCAUCAAAUUGCUUAAGAUUAAGCCCUUGAUUGAGGUAAAAUCUGAAGAUCGAUGGAGGAGAAUAUUCCCAAUGUCAUUUGUGUUUUGCAUCAAUAUUGUAUUGGGAAAUGUGAGCUUGCGGUAUAUCCCAGUUUCAUUUAUGCAGACAAUAAAAUCCUUCACACCUGCAACAACAGUCAUUCUUCAGUGGUUAGUUUGGAGAAAAUUUUUUGAAUGGCGCAUUUGGGCUUCAUUGGUACCCAUUGUUGGGGGUAUUCUUUUAACCUCAAUAACAGAGCUUAGUUUCAAUGUAUUUGGAUUUUGUGCUGCUCUAGUUGGCUGUCUUGCUACAUCAACAAAGACAAUCCUGGCAGAGUCUCUUCUUCAUGGAUAUAAAUUUGACAGCAUAAACACAGUAUACUAUAUGGCACCUUUUGCAACCAUGAUCUUGGCUUUACCAGCAAUAUUACUCGAAGGAGCUGGAGUAGUGGACUGGUUAUACUCACACCAAUCUAUUUGUUCAUCGAUGAUCAUCAUUUUUAGCUCUGGGGUGCUGGCCUUUUGCCUCAACUUCUCAAUCUUUUAUGUAAUCCAUUCCACUACUGCUGUUACAUUCAAUGUUGCUGGCAACCUCAAGGUUGCGGUCGCUGUGUUGGUUUCGUGGAUUAUUUUCAGAAACCCCAUAUCUGCUCUUAACGCCGUUGGAUGUGCCGUGACCUUGUCGGGCUGUACUUUCUAUGGGUAUGUCCGGCAUAAGUUGUCACAGCAACCCUCUAUUCCUGGAACACCCCGAACUCCGCGCACCCCUCGGAGUCUAAUGGAGCUGCUCCCCCUUGUAAACGAUAAGCAAGAUAAAGCUUAGUGCUGCAAAAAAACAGUGGUUGAUGGUCAAUGCAGCAAAGAAAGAGCAAAGUUCAAUCUCUUAAUAUGUUUGCACUUUCGGUAUUCCUUCUGCCCCACAUACAGGUUAUAGUAACUUAAAUGAAUACUUCUUUAGCAGAAUGAUUCUUCGUAGUUGUUUUUGCUUUCAUGACUUAAUAGGGGAGAUCUCUUGUUGCCCCUUGUUUCAUAUCUACUUUGCUCUACUUAACAAAGUUAUGUUGAUUGAUAAAUGCA